ACGUAUACGCUAUUGUGUGAAUGAUUUUAAGUGUUUACCUAGAUAUUCAAUUAUCUAGUAUAGUAUGAGACGGGCAAUCAUCGAGUUGUAAAGUCUUUUAUUCCCAAUUAAAUGGAUUAUACAUCGGCGGUCUAUGCUAUUUAUUUCAAUAAGCUCACGGAAAAGGUUCGUCUCACCGUGUAAAUACCGUACCACAGGUUGAUGUUAACAAUUCGGUACGAAUUACUUAACACAUUCAAAAUUUUCUGGGACCGAUCAGACUUUAUUUAAACUAGUUAGUAAACUAACAUCCGCAAUGCAUUUACCACCGCCGGAACCUCGGGACAGCGAGUUAUAUACAUAUAUGGACCCUGUUCAUGCACCAGCUUAUUUUGAAUCAGUUGAUGACAUGGUCGGCCCGGAUCCUCAGCAGUUUACCGAAUUGGCGGCACCUCACGACCAGUCGGAGAACAGCCAGAUAUUCUCACCAGAUACGAGAAGACUUCAAACUCAACAUACCACUGAAGGAUAUCGCGAUGGUAUUACCGCUGGCAAAGCCGAAAGCAUGCAGGCGGGGUUCGAUGAAGGGUUUGACCUGGGCGCUGAACUCGGACUGAAGGCUGGUCGAUUACUAGGACUCCUUGAGGGUAUGGUUGCAGCUUUGAGAGAAAACAGCCUUGAUAGCUCGGCACAUAUGAACAAACUUUUGUCAGAUGCAUCAAAGGAACUGCGCACCGAGGUCAUAUUCGCAGAGGAAUAUUGGACCUCAGAUGGUAGUUGGAAGUAUUCGGUUAGAGGAUCUGGAGAUGAUGGUGAAAUCUUGAUGGAGGACGUCGCAAAGGAACAUCCGGUCAUGUUAAAGUGGGAUGAGCUCAUCAACCAGGAGGUUCGGAAGUGGAAAUUAAACUAAGCACUAUCAUUGGUGAUCGGCGCAAACGCAGCCGGGAACAAGUUUGAAGCUCGGAAAUAUGCUACGGCGAAGAUGGUAUUUAUCUAAGCGAUAACUACCCGAUCAGGUUGGAUGGGCCGAAACUCGUUGUGAAGAAAUACUCUUGGACUCUUGGACUCUUGGACUCUAGUCAUUGUUAUGUAUCAUUUUUCAUCCACUAUCCAUGCUUGUCAUAUUACCAACCUCUCCAUUCAUCCGCGAAUGGACUACUUUUUCUAGAAAUUCUACUAUCGUCCC